AUGUCGGUAAAAAUCGUUGACGUAGACAAGACCGCCUUGGCGCUCACGCCAGAGUAACCAACUGCAAUAUAAAAAUAUGUCUGGGUGGUCUGGAAGAUUCUUGCCAGAUUUGUGAUAUUUGUCUGGCAUGACUCUGAACUCUGAAAUGCAUAGCCACGAAGGACAAGGAAUCGUCUUGCCUGGUGUCAUGCAAAAGCGUAGUCUGUCAUGCAGAAUACGCAACACAUAUUAGAUAGAAGCCUCCUGAAAACUUGUCAUGCUUCGGCACGUACUGCAGUGUGCCUACCACUCCCAGACUUGCAUUCCAACCUUCCAGACCCAGACAUAUUUGCAAUGCAUACAGAGGGACGCAUUUUCUUCAACCAGUUCCGCCCGGGCGAAAAAUUGAAAUUUGUCUCCUUCAUCGGCGUAUCCUGUGCAAAAGCAACAUCGCACCCGUAGUAAGUAAUCGCAGUCAUGCGUUGCAAAUUUAUUUCUGAAGUUAAAUCCACACUACAAAUACAAAUUUCAUUUCACAUGCUGAGGAAAUUUGUCAUGCGAUUUAUGCUAGUGCGCUCCUGCUUUUGCAUUUCAUACGGCGCGGGUCGUGUGGGGAAGAGUUGGCUCGCGUCAAGAUUUGCGGAACAUGUGUGGUAAGUUCGCAUGUCAGGAUGAAGAAAUAAAGAGAGACGCUUCCCCAUAAAAUUCCUUGCAUUUGUCCGUUUUUUGAAGGGUUGUAAUCGUUUUAUUUACCAACGACAAAUAUAUGCUGACGCCUAGGUGGUUGCUUCGCUCGAUUUUGUUUUUUUUAAUAUGUGAAAGUGGUUCGGAUGCCAAAAAUAAGCCGUUUGAUUCUUUCUUAACCCAUUGGAUGUUGGAAAAAGCAACAGACACCGGGCAACGCUGCGGCAAGAACUCUCUUUGAUUCAGUACUGUAUUUUUCGUACUUGAUUUACUAGGUACGAUACGGUCCUUUCGGAUCGCGAAUAUGGACCUGUCAGGAUUGAAAUCGUCAAAGUUGAAAUGAUUUGUGAUGCAUAAAACGGAUACCCGUUUGACCUAUAGUUUGUAGUCGGUGCAUGACAAAUUUUCCCGGUUCUGGAAGCGAGUCUGUCAUGCGGCUUAGGGCAAAAGAGCUGCCUUCUGUCAUGCUAGUCAGGAGUCCAACUUUUGACCCUUGCCAGGACUAUGCUCUGCCUCCCGUGCGUCCUCUGCAAUAGAGUCAGUUUUUGUAUCGCAUUUCAUGCAUGACAAAUCAUUUCAACUUUGACGAUUUCGAUCCUGACACUCCCAUAGCGAAGAGCGACGAGAUAUUCCCGUGCCAUGGACGGGCGACAUUUUUUUCACGCGUGGAGAAGGUUAUCCCGUGCAAAAGUAUCGUACUCGUACUAAUUGCAGUUAUGCAUUACAAAUCUUUUUCUCAAGGCCAAUCCGCAUUACAAAUUUAAUUUGUAAUGCUGAGAUAAUUUGUAUUGCAAUUUAUACUAGUACGAUACUUUUGCAGUUCAUAAAGGUGAAGCAGUUACCAAAGGUAUCUGGGCGUUCGCGCUGAGACCAAAUGACCAGGUAAGUUAGUACAAAAAAAUUGAAAAUUACCGUGACAAAAUAGAAUAAGAGUCUUUCCCUCUGUUCUUGCGCAAUUUCUAUUCAUCAUCAUCGCUUUCGACUAGGUUUUGGGCCAGGAAGAGGGUUCUUUUGCUCUAUCUGAGUGUCUUGAAAUCACAAUAAAAUCUGCAGGACCCAGAUAACGCCACUGAUCAUGAGAACGGCGGCGCGGAAGAUCCUGGCGGCGCGCCGCCGGGUGGCUCCAGUAGAACGACGGACAACGACGACGACCAAGAAAGCGCAGACAGCAGCGAGACUCGGGGCGCCUCCGCUACCAUCGUUAUUCUGGAUUGCGAAGGAUCUGAUAACCUGCUGGAUUCGCAGCAGGAAAACACCAUCGCGAAGCAGAUCCAGGCCAUCUCUUUUUUUCUGGCGGGCCGCGGUUCCGUCGUGUUCGUGGAGACAGACCGCCUGCGGACCCUAUCAAGUGUAAAAAUGUCUGGGUCUGGAAGAAUCCGAACUUGUGAUGCUGCAUUUGGAUUCCAAAAAAAUCUGUAUUGCAUGAGUACCAAAGGGAAUGCAAUUUUUGCUACGCUGAGAAGGCAUUUGUCAUGCGGAAUAGGCAGCGCGAGGUCCUCAAAAAAUCUGUAAUGCUAGGGCGUGCAUCGCAGACAUCAUGGCCCAGGCAAAACAUGCGUGACAAGUCUCAGAAUCUUCCAGACCCAGACACUUUUACGUUUGAUAGACCCAGAGCAUCGACGAUAUCCUACGAAAAAAGUGUUGCAGUUACACAUUUGUGCCCAAGUCAGCAACACGAAAAUUCUCUGCGUCAGGAAGAAAAUUUGCAAUGCAGAGAUCAAAAGGGAAAACGCGGAUGAAACAAGAAGGUUCCUAUGCAUAUCCAGCAUGACAUACCUUGUCUGUCUUGCUCGGCCUGCAGCACAAUGUGUUGUAACUGUAGCACUUUUUUCUUGGCAUAGACGACCUGGCCCGCAUAUUGGAUGUCAAGCUCGAGGAUGAAGAUCUGUGUAUGCAGUAAAAGAUUAUAAUAAUCGCACUAGGUGGUAGUUGUGUGAGGAAUCAAUUGCAUUUACAACCUUUGAGAUGGGGUUUGUCAUGCAUCGCUGCAAGUAGGUUUAGUGCGAUAUUAAUUCUUUUGCAUUGCAUACUGUAUAGCCUGCAGCAACUUUUCGUCGUGGUAAACAAGGAAACCCUCGUAUCAAGACUAAAAACGUCCCCACUGCCCCCGAGUUGUCAUGUAAUAUGGCGUCCUUGUUAGCAUUAUUUGUGUUUCUGAUGCGCACCAGCCUCAUGAAAAGUAUUUUGUAUAGUGUUUUGGAAUUUGUGAUCCUCGAAUCAGCAUAAAAUGUUACCAUAUUUGUGAUGCCGCUGCGCAGUUCGCCAAACAGGAUUACACUACGGCCUAAAACUUGUCAUGCGUAUACAACCAAAGCUGGUUGCUUUGCCUACGCCGCUUUAAGUAUUGCCAUCUUGACUCUGGGGAGGUGAGUACGUUUUUACAAAUGAUACCCCGGCAGCUCCUUUGGCUUGGAGCAGCUGCUCGAGAAACAAAAGCGGUAUCCUGUGGAAAGACGUACAACCCGUCCUCUCCAAAGUUGUCUUUGUCAUGCAAAUCUGCAUACUCUUACUCACCUGCAGUGUCUCUCAUCCUCAGCAGGAGCUCCAUGGGAGACGCUUUAUAAGCGAAGUUUUGGCUUUUCGUUUUUGUCUCGCUAGAAUCAGGAUGCCGCGGGUGCGGCAGCCAAAGCUAUUUGUCUUUGUGUAGGAGCAAACUUCCCUUCGGGAUUUUGGUUUUCAACAUAUCGACUUUGGGACGUGAUGGACGUUUUGGCACAGGAUGAGCGGCCCUCUUGCCUGAAGAUCGGCCAGGAGUUCGCAAAGGAGCGAAGAAAUUUAUGGGAUUCUCAAACGUUACACUGGCUCUGUUUGCAGUGACAUGGUUCUCCAUUUGAAGAUUGCAUAGGCAAGUAGACUAGCAAACCCAAAUAAAGCGAAAGGGGUGACAAAGAAGCUUGGUCGUCGUGCCAUAGUGAUUGCGCGGGACAAGAAGUCAUGUAAUUGUAAGUACAGCGACCAAUAUAAAAACGCUUGCGAAUGCCAUAUUUUUUUUUCCGGAUUCCCACAUUCUUCGCACGCACUAGCUCCACAAGCACCACUGCGGUACAGGAUUGCGUCACCUACUCGGACCUUACCCUAGAGGACGCGCUAGACCAGCUUUUCUGCUGCAUACAAAGGAUAUCCUCCGCAAAAGCAUCGCACUAGUACUAGUAGGGGCAGAUCGCAUGACAAGUUUCAUACGCACCAUAAGUAGAAACAAAUGGAAUUUGUGAUGCGGAGUUAAGUAUCUAAAAUUAGUGCGAUACUUUUGCACUUGAUAAAGGAAAACGCCGGUGAGCAACCUCGGUGGUAUAAACUCGAUAAGAGGACCGUACAAAUUUUAUACCUUAGGUAACAAGCGCUACGAUUAUAAAAAGGAACACCUCCGCUGCUCCAGCUUCUACAAAUGCCAUACACUACGCGUGACAUAACGCACGGAGAUAAUGAUGCUCGUAAGAACUACAGGCAAGAUCAAGAUGAGCAAAAAUAUUUCAUGAAGUGAUACGAAUUCGACGCGCACGACGAGUUUGUGAAGAUUAACAACGAGCAGGCUCAUAUCUUAGAAAAAAAAGAACUGCUGCAUAAAGAAGAAAUAGGUGACUUGGGGUGAAAAUUCGAAUUCCUUAUGUGAAGAAAGUAAAAAUCGCCGCGGAACACCAGGUCCCGAGUGCGCGCGAGCCGUCACCGGAUAUCUUAUCCCACGAAAAAUAAAAAAGUGUCACAGUUACACAUUUGUAGUCAAUUCAGCAACACAAAUUUCUCUGCAUGAGAGAGAAAGCUUGUAAUGCAGAAAUCCUACGGGAAAACACCUAUGAAACGAGGCUCCUAUGCAUAUCCGGCAUGACAGAGCUUUUCCGUCUUGCUUGGCCUGCAUAGACUAUGUGUGUAAUUGUAGCACUUUUUUCUUGCGAUAUAUCUGAACAUGGACGCACUGGAGGACACGCUCCAGGAACUUCUGGACCUCGUAUGAUUUGCGAAAGUAUAUAAGCGUACUAGUAGAAAUUGAAAUCGCAUGAAAAGUCCCCUCAGCAUAAGAAAGGGAAUUUGUAAUGCGGAUUUAGCAUGAGAAGGAGAUUUGUAAUGCAUGACCGGUAGACGAGGUCCCAGACCGAAGUGGUAGGCGCUUAGGGUGAACUAUGUAUGUAGCGCUUAGGGCCCUUCCGUACGGCCAAUUUGUAUGUCCCGCAACGGGGUUCGCCUAAAUCGGUCACUUGUAUGCAAGGCGUUGGGUUACCCGGUCGGCAGAGCCGAUCCACAACGAACGAACGAACGAUGACUGCGAUUAUGAUUAAAACGAGUGCGACGAUGCUUUUGCAGUCAAUACCUCGAACUGGCCGACUACUCCCGGGAUUUGCUUUAUGGCGUUCUCAAACGUUACACUCUCAAUCGUUACAUGAAUUUCAAUUUGUCAUGCAGGACCACUACCACGCUUCUCACAAUCAAGCUUCUUCGCAUGACAAGUUCUCGACAAGCUAAAUAGCAUUGAUUACAAUCCGUGCCAAAUCUGUAAUGCAAGACGCGCAAGGUCCCCCCUUUCACUUUUGCUGUUCUCGCAUCACAAACUCAUGCAACAGCUGCGAACGCUGUAACGUUUGAGAACGCCAUAUGCUUCCGAUGCUUCUUCGAACAGACGACCAGGAGGACUACGUGGAUCAUUCGCGGGUAUUAAAAACUAAUUACAUGCUUAUGCUGAAGCAUUCUUCACUGAUGAAAGUAAUUCGUCUACUUCCGCAUACUAGUUAUAAACAUGGAACCAGAUCAGCCAGCACUUUUUUUUUCCCAAACUAGCCGCGAGGUCUACCUCUUUUGGUAGAAGUGCAAACCAGAGCAUCUUAAAAAUUUGGUAGAACAGAAACAGCAAGAAACAGCAGAGCAAGAGCUUGUCUUGGUGGAAGUGCAAGAAAAAAAGUGGUUGGACCAGCAGCAAGAGUUUCACAGAUGUACAACUAGAGCCGUGUGCUGUUGUUCUGCCGGUAGUCGUUGAAAACUCGAUUACUUACUUAUGAAAUGUGGAAGUGCUUGAUCUUUGCGACUCAUCCCACUUCCAGGCCCCGGCUAGUAGCAUCGCCUCUACUGUUGCCGCUGAGUCAGCUUCUACCUCCUCUACUUCCGCGGGUGAAGCGAGCAAAGCGAAAGCGGCUAGCAGCGGAACCAUCGAUCCGGUAACGAAGUCAGACUGGACAUGCAAAGUUGACUAUCGCAAGAAAAAGUGUUACAGUUGCACAUUGUGUUGCAGGCCAAGCAAGACAGACAAGCUCUGUCAUGCCGGAUAUGCAUGAAGCCUCCUUUCAUAGGUAUUUUCCCGUAGGAUUUCUGCACUUCAAGUUUUCUCUCUCAUGCAGAGAAAUUUGUGUUGCUGAAUUGACAACAAAUGUGUAACUGUAACACUUUUUUCGUUCGAUAUUGACGAGGAGUUAAGCCUGUCCUUCGACGACCUCUGUCGGUCGUCCGUGGCGGAGCUGACCCAGAUCCUGUUGGACGCGCUUCAGCGGCGGCCGCUCGACCUGCCACAUGAUAUUCUUUGCAAAAGUAGAAAAAUCGACGUAUUAGUACGUCUACGUGGUAUUAUUAAAAACUAUUGCAAUUGUACACAUUUGCUGCUCAGCAUGUAGAAGUUGACAAAUGGAACAAUAUUUCAUGCUGAUUUAGCUUGGGAGAAAGAUGAUUUGUCUUGUAUGACUGCGAUUCGACGUACGAGCACGAGUGGAAGAAUACCUUUUGCAUCGAGGAUAACUGACCCGGCCCAGCAAGUCGCGUACCUGCAAGCUCAGCAGCAGAAAGAGCAAACUAUGAGGAAACAAGCGCGGGGAGGCGCCGGGGCGUCUUCAAGUAGUAGCACAACAUCACUCGGGUCCUCGGAUCUGCACAAGUUCGACGCUUCCAUGCAGGUCUGUGUGACCAAGUUCCAGCGCAAACCCUACGUGCGGUACGCCAACGUCCGGGCGCCCCAGAUAUGGAAGUGUCAGAAUCGAAAUUGACAAAAUCGAUGCACAAAAUCGAUGCCAGUUAGACCUACAGUUUUUUGUGGGCGCAUGACAAAUUCUCCCCGUCCUGGAAGCGAAUCUGCCAUGCGGUUUAGGGCAAAAGAGCUGCCUUCUGUCAUGCUAAUCAGCAGCCCAACACCGAACCCGUGCCAGGACUACAAUCCGCCUUCCUUGCAUCCUCUGCACGAGAGUCGCUUUUUGCGUAGGAUUUUAUGCAUUACAGAUCAUUUCGAUUUUGUUGAUUUCGAUCCUGACACAUCCAUACCAGAUUGUGGACAAUUAUUCGAAAAAGCUGGAAGCCGAGCUGAUAGGACAGUGCACAAGAACUCGAACUCCCCCUGCUCCCCCGCAUUUUCCAUGCAAAAUGCAGAGUGGUCCACAUCGUGGCUCGUGCCUUUAGACACUUUGCGCGUGAGUGCCGAAUGAACAGGACUGCGCUUUUCCAUUUCAGGAUUUGUCAUGCAAACGCUACAUUUGUGGCAUUGCUUCUGUUGCUGCUCAUGCUAUACAAAUGAGGAAGAGGGGGAGUUGUGCACCCUCAUAACUGACCGCAAUGGUCCUGAAGCAGCGGCACUUCGCGAAGCUCGUACUCGUCACGAAAAGGAUCCUCGAGUGUCUCGUCGAAAUGUUCGUGUUGCAGCUCGAGGCCGACAGUCUGGAGAAGCUGAUGGCAGGAGCACCAGGAGGGUCUACGUCAUCUGCGGCUUCGUCCAUAGGCGACGAGCAACAUGCGGGUCGCGCUAGUACUGCCGCGUCUAACUCGGAGAAAAACGGCAAAUCUACGACCAGCGGAACGUCCACCACGGCGACAGGAACGCUAUGAGAGUGCACAAGAACUCUCAUCCCUCCCCCUCAUUUGUAUAUGCAAAAUCCGAAAUCCUAUCGUUGUGUUGUAGCUGUAGCACGGUUUAUCGCAUGACAAAUCUCGGAAGGAGCCCAAAGAACGCUACUACGUUAGGCACAUCAACUUGUCUUGCACAGGCUCCAUGUGUUGUUGUUGAGCUGGUGUCUUUAUUGCUGUCCAUGCGAAACAAUUACCAAUGAGGGGGAGGGGGACGAGUUGUGCACUCUCAUAAACGCCCGAGCUGGAACAAGAAGAAAAGGCCGACGUCGCCACGUCGGGCCCUGUUGCAGCAGCAGGAGAUCCUGCUGCUCUAUCCAGCACUUCUGCUGCAUCUACCAUAAACAGGACCGCUGAAGUAGACACAACAUCACCAGCACCAACCGCGGAAUUAUCGAGCACAGUCAAUCACGACCCAGCACCAUCAUCAAUACUGGGGGACAGCGAGCCUGUGUCUUCGGAGACCACGACCAGCCGAGCAAAAGAAGUAAACCGACUCUCUAUCAAAAGGGAAAAUCUCCCCUGCCCAUACUGCAAAAGUGUAUUUGUGGAAAUUUGUGAUGCCGAUUUGUGGUCACAAAUCGCGUCUGUCUUGCAAGAGGGCAACUCCGCAGGCCCCGCGGCAUUGUGCAGGUAGUUUCUCAUGCUGUUGGUCCUACAGCGCGGAUGUUUUUCAUGCUAAGCGCCUAGGCCGCAACCUCUCUACUCGCGCGUAGUAUGUGUAUGGGCCUUCAGUGCUUUCCAGCAAGACAGCUCGGAUUUGUGUACACAGAUCCAGCAUCAGCGAUUUCGUUUUGAUAUGGGGAGGGGGGUUCUUUCGUUUUGAUACUCUCAUCGGCACAAACAGUGGCAUCGGGCGGCGGCAGCAGCUCCGCCACCGCUAGCAGCACAGGCGGUGGUCGAAAACUGAAGUCUAUCAAAUGUAAAAAUGUCUGGGUCUGGAAGAAUGCAAGUUGUCAUGCUCAAUCUGAAGCAUGCAAAAAUCUGUGUUGCAUGAUUACCAAAAGUCGUCCAGUUUUGGCCAAGUCGGGGGGGAGUUUCUCAUGCAGGAUAGGCAUGAGAGAGAUCGCACAGAAUCUGUCAUGCUAGGUCCUGCAUUCCAGGCUUCAUGGGUCAUGGAAAAGCUGCAUGACAAAUCGCGCAUUCUUCCAGACCCAGACACUUUUCCAUUUGAUAAAGUCGAUUACGGGGGAGUCGGUCAAAGUGCGAAGUCUGCUCUCGUAUGAUAGCCAGAUUCUGGACAAGCUGCUACAGCAGUGGGAACAAAAUCCAGUAGUGCUGCAGAUUGAAAACGAGGCUUCCACUCUGGAGAUACAACAACUAGCGACGACGUUAUCUUCUUCCAGCAACGUCAAGGCUGUAAACAGAAUGAAUACUGCAGCGCAAAACAAAUACAUAAACUCGACGUCUUAUCCUGUGCAAAUAAAGUAUCGCACUCGUAGUAAUUGCAGUCAUGCAUUUACAAAUCUCGUUCCCAAGGAAAAUCAGCAUGACAAAUUGCAUUUGUCAUGCUGAGGAAAUUUGUCAUGCAAUUUAUACUAGGGCGAUAUUUUUGCACAGCAUACGUCUUCGGUCCUCUCGUUUCGCGAGGAGAGCCGGCAGCUGGCAGCGACAUACCGCAACCAGUUAGAAUCCAGACUCCAGCAGAUCUACGUGUCGGAAGUGAAUCAGAACUUGGACAAACUCGUCACCUUAUGCACUGCACCUCUGUGCCUGGGUCUGAAAAUUUGUGUAGUUGCUGCGUUCGACCUUCAUUGCAGCAGGGUGGCCGUCGCUGUCCGCUAGUACGGCAGAAAAAAUCGACUUAAAUAAUGUAAUGUGCGGAGGCCUGCAGCUACUGACUUGUUGCUAAAAACACGCGUGACAGAUAACUGCCAUCCUGUUCAUGCAUCACCCGAUGAAAGAGCUGCUGGCAAGAACGCACUCCUAUUCAUGGAUCACAGAUCUGGUUCUAGUCCUUCACAUUUCGCAAUCACAAAUCCAGAAUAUCAGAGACAACACGUUUGCAUUUGAUACACCAUCCUCCUUGAGCGGCUGCAGCUUCCGUCGGGCGUCUUCGGCUUCAUGCACAACGCAAGCUACGACGACAGUAGUACGCAAGCCAUCCUUCGCGAUUUUGAGUACAACCACUCUGUGCAGAGCGUCAAGAUCGCGUCCCACAGCAGCAUAUCCAUCAAAAUUGCAAAACUAUCGUACUCAGUACGUAAUCGCUGCAUAACAAAUUUUUUGCUCAGCGCGACAAUGAAUUGGAAUUUGUCAACAUAUGUAAAUUAUUAAUUACCUAGUGGUCUUCACGCAUGAUUGCGCUUACAAAUAUGACUGCGAUAGUACAUUUGCACAGGAUACAGCAUCAGCUCCGACUCGAAUUCUCCCAUGAAAUUGCUCGCAAGCAACUACGGAGGAGGCCCCAACGCAAGAACAAACAAUGGCGAACAGGGUGGAUCGAACGAAAUGAAGAUGAAUGCAACCCCGAAGACCACUUCAUCCGCAACAAACAUGGCGGCAGAUGAAACUACAGAGAGCGGCGGUGCAGUCGUAGAUCCCCAAGACUUGCUCAGUGCGGGGGAACUGAAAAAGGCGAGUCUGUAUCCCAAGGAAAACAAAAGUGUAGUUGCAGCUAAAUGUAUAGAUAAAGAUAUAAACAUUUUUUUUUUUUAAUUUCGGCAUACACAAACUUGAUGCAGCUCUGCAUGAAAGACAAAACGUGAAUACUAAGUCACUUAGAACUCACAAGGGCGGAGGAAAAGGAAAACAAAGAUGAACCUCGAUGGGGGUUGCUGAGCAACUACAUGUAAGGAAAGCCAGAACUUGUCUGUUUGCCUUGGUCUGCAUGCAAAUUAAGAGUCGUGUGUAGUUGCACACUAAACACUUUUUUCUCUCCAUACUCUUUUAAAGGAGACAGUGGACCGGUACCGGCAUAAGCUGCGGUACGCCGUCCAAGAAAGGAUCCGGAUGCACAACGAGAAAAUUGUCACGCAACUCAUCGUAUGCACUGCAAAAGUAUCGUACUCGUAGUAAUCGCAGUCAUGCAUUACAAAUCUAGUAUAUCAAGGUAAAUCCGCAUUACAAACUACGCUUGUAAUGCUGAGCCAAUUUGUAAUGCAAUUCAUACUAGUACGAUACCUUUGCAAUGCAUACAUCGGGAUGUUCCGGUGCUAAAAAUCUCGAACAAUUUGGUGAAGCCGCUCCACCCGAAUAAAGACGUAUGUGUUCGAAGUUCUUUCUGUCACCCAAGACGGACAGGCCACGAAAAAGAAAAACUCCGCCGAGAUGAAGUAGAUGCGCUGGGACGACGACGCGAAGCCGAAGUCGCUGCUCACUAUCCGAAGAUCCAGAGGGGAGGUUGCAGCAUCCUUUAUCGAGGCCGAAGACACAGUGACACGGAAAGUAAGAACGAAGGCGCUCGCUCGGGCUAGGGCAGCUUGGGACUUAAGUACAACAAAGAUUGAAAUUACAGCUACCUACGUAAAAACAAAUAAAGAACGUUGCGAACAAGGCAAGCAAAUUUUAAUUUUCUUAUACUUCAACUUCUUAUUAUUUCUCGAGACAGAUCAUGGAAACUACAAACUGCGACCCUACUCAACAAUAUUUUCAAUAAGGGCACCAGCACAGUGAUAUGGCACGCGCGAUGGUGAUGUCACCGGCAGAUGAGCUUGAGCAUAGAGACAAAGCAUAGCACGAUUCGAAAACCGCUUCUUUCAUAGAAAACUUUUUUGUAGGGCCAGCAAGAGGAGCCCAGUUUGUGCUCUGCGGAGAGGGCAUUUCUCAUGCGUAAUAGGCAUCAGUGAGCCCCC